AGCAAUCGAACUCGGGAGAGAAGCAGCACAGUGAUAAUACUCCUUGAACACAACCAAGAUGAGGCUCCUGGCUUGGCUUUGGGUGGCAGCUUCAUGGGUGGCAGCCGCCAGUAGUUUAAUCCUGACUCAGAUCCCAAACUCUGUAAUUGUGCCAGAAAACAACUCUGUUUCCAUUAGUUGCAAAGGGGAAGCACAAAACAACCAAAAGGCAGUUUUCUGGUACCGGCAGACCAACGGAACAACCGACUUUCAGUUCCUCAUGCAUACAAGCACCAUCGGCAGAGAAACGCAUGCGAAAGGCAUUGAGCAACGGUUCAAAACUACUCUGAGAUCCGGACCCGAACUCUGCAUCUUGAAGAUCAGUAUGCUCAAGAAAGAAGACAGCGGGAUGUAUUACUGCACUGUCUUGCAUGAUGGGAUUUACACAGCGGCCAGAGGAACCAACCUGACAGUAGGAGAGCUUCCUCCACCUCCACCCCCAACCACUAAGCCCACGAAGCCAAAGCCAAAAAAACCCUGCCACUGUUCCAGUGGGAUUCUAAAGACAAAGGGCUUCUCCUGUGGCUCUCUGGUUUUGGGGCCCCUGGCUGCAGGUGCCGCCGCCCUGCUUGUUGCUGUGGUCAGCACCCUGUACUAUUUUAGCAGGCUGCCCAAGAAGUGUCGUCACAGAAUGAUAAAGAAAAAGCUGUUGCAUUGAAACGUCUCUUUACUAGGGGUUCCUGGGGGCCAUCAAUCAAGGGCCCCCUUGUUUGCCAUGCUGUGAGACAGGAGCACAUGAUAUGAAUGAAUGUUGGGAACUCUGCAACAGAAAACUUCACAAGACUUUCAUAAAAUCUUGAAAUGCAUACUGAUAGUUCAAAGAAAUUAUACAAAUGGUAACAAUUUACUGUGUGUCUUUAACUGCACUGUAAUAACACAGCAAUGACACAUGCUGUAGUCAUGUAGUUACGAUGCACUGUUCAAUUACAGUGUAUUUACUGAAGCUGUUGUGUUUUAACCAAGAGGUUUCCCGGUAAUUACAUUGUAGUUAGAGGCGUUUACUGUAAAGUGUUAUCUUAUCAAUAGUUCAUGUCAUUUCCAUGGCUUGUCCUUGCUUCACGUGUGGCACAGCGCCUCCUGGGUAUUUGUGUUUGAAAACAGGGCUGUGAUGAGAUAACAGAGUGCAGUCUGAUCCUCACCCCAGCAUAGAGAGCUUCAUUAAUACCACUCUCUCUCUCUUCACUGCCUGUACCCGCUGUAGCUUCAUUAAUACCACUCUCUCUCUCUUCACUGCCUGUACCCGCUGUAGCUUCAUUAAUACCACUCUCUCUCUCUUCACUGCCUGUACCCGCUGUAGCUUCAUUAAUACCACUCUCUCUUCACUGCCUGUACCCGCUGUAGCUUCAUUAAUACCACUCUCUCUUCACUGCCUGUACCCGCUGUAGCUUCAUUAAUACCACUCUCUCUUCACUGCCUGUACCCGCUGUAGCUUCAUUAAUACCACUCUCUCUUCACUGCCUGUACCCGCUGUAGCUUCAUUAAUACCACUCUCUCUUCACUGCCUGUACCCGCUGUAGCUUCAUUAAUACCACUCUCUCUUCACUGCCUGUACCCGCUGUAGCUUCAUUAAUACCACUCUCUCUCUUCACUGCCUGUACCCGCUGUAGCUUCAUUAAUACGUAUGCAUAACAUUCCAAUUGUGCAUCUAUAAACAGCCUGCUACUACCAAUGAUUUUCAGAAAAUGUGCAUUUCUUUAUUUUCCUACUUGUAAAUAUUUUCAGAAAAUUAUACUUUUAAAAGUGUUUUUUCUUUAAUAAAUAAAUAAAUACA